AUGGAACAAGAUGUUAUAAAUUUGAAAAACCAUACUACUCAAUAUAAAGUACUGAAAGAUGAAGAAAUAAAACAAAAAGCCCUGAAGACAUAUAUGGAUAGCGAUGAGUAUAAAAAAGAAGUUGAAGCAAAUGUAAAGGCAGAAAAACUUUUACAGUUGCAAAACCAAACCGUACAGUAUGAAAACUUAGCACAAGAAAGUAAAAAUAACGACGCAGCCAUGCAAAAGGCAAUGAAAAGUGCAGAAUAUAUAAAAGCUAAUAAUGACUGGUUAGAUGCCCAAGCCAACGCUAAAGCAGCCCAACUUAUAGGGUCAAUAAGGACAAAAAUACAAGCGGAUGAAGAUAGUUCAAAUGAAGCUUUAACAAAUGCUGACUUUAAGAACGCCUUCGAAGCUCUUCAUAGUAAGGUGAAACUAGUGAACGACUUCUCAUCUGGAAAGAAACUGAAGUCUGAAGGUUUCGACAAAGAGUUAAAAGAAGUAGCACAAAAUAUGACGAAAAUAACAGAUGCAGCAACGAGACAGGCAGUUCAAAGUGCCUAUGACGCCGUUAGAGCAACUGUUGUGAAAAGUCAAGAAAAAGAGUUACAACAGACCAAAACAGACCUAGUAAAUGCUUUCUUAAGAACGAAAAGUCAGGUAGGACAUUACGCUGCAGAUGGAACAUAUGUGCCAGCUGGUGGAAUUUAUAUACCACCAAACCCUCCAAGAGAAGCACCUGCACCAGGACUACCUAGAACAUUUACAUCGUCACAUGGACACAGACACAGGCAUGCACCAAA